AUGUUUGACGUCAUUAGAGCAGUCGCGACGCGGCACGACGGCACAGCACGCAUAGCGCGCGAGGCGGUCGAGGACUUCAGGGCGGACGGCUGCGUCCUGCUGGAGCUGCGCACCACGCCCAAGCACCUACCAGGCGAGGGUGUCACCAAACGCAGCUACAUCGAGGCGGUGCUGCGGGGGCUGGAGGAGGCGCAGCAGCAGUGGCGGGAGCAGAAGCAGCGGGAAAAGAAGCAGCAGCAGCUACAGGAGCGGCAGCAGCAGCAGCAGCAGCACCAGCAGCAGGAGCAGCAGAACCAGCAGCAGCAGCAUGAGCAGCAGCAGCACCACCAGCAGCAGCAGGAGCAGCAGCAUGAGGAUCGGGAUGUCAAGGGUGGGGAGGAGUCACCUGUGAUGGACGAAGACGACAUGUUGGUUCGGCUGGUGCUUUCCAUUGACAGACGGGAAGACACGGCGGCGGCCAUGGAGACGGUCAAGCUAGCGGCGGCGCUGCGCUCUGAGGGGGCGCCCGUGGUCGGCAUCGACCUGUGCGGCGACCCCGCCGCCGGCCAGUGGCAGACCUGGCUUCCCGCGCUGCGCGCCGCGCGCGCCGCGGGCCUGCGGGUCACGCUGCACGCGGGGGAGGUGCCCAACGCCGGGGAGACGGCGGCCAUGCUGGAGUUUGGGCCGGACAGGCUCGGCCACAUGUGCUGCAUGACGGAGGAGCUCGAGGCGCAGCUGUGGGCGAGCAAGAUUCCUGUUGAGCUGUGCCUGUCGAGCAAUGUGAUCACCCAGUCUGUGCCCAGCCUGGCAGAGCACCACUUCCGGGAGUUUGCGGCGGCGGGCCACCCUGUCGUCCUGUGCACCGACGACAGCGGCGUGUUUGCGACGAGCCUCUCAAAGGAGUACGCCUUGGCGGCAGAGGCGUUCUCUCUGAGUGAGGACGAGCUGGUAGACCUGGCGGCUGCAGGCGUGCGCCACGCGUUCGCGCCCGACGACGAGCGGCGGCGGCUGCUCGCGCGCGUGGAGGCGUUCAGGGGGCGGCGGCUCGCGGAGCGCAGCAGCGGGGCGGGGGCGGCGUUGAGAGCGAGGGCAGGGGCUGCGGGGCCUUGUAACUACGACCUGCCCAUCAGGGACGAGAUGGGGCCCUCGAUCGCGGACACGGCGGCCUGGAAGGCCCUGCAGGAGCAUGUAGUGGAUAUUGAGCAGACCCACCUCAAGGAUCUGAUGCUCAACCAGCAGCGCUGCGAGGCCCUCAUCAAGGAGGACCUCGGGCUCUACAUCGACUUCUCGCGGCAGCGGAUGACUCAGGAGACGGUCAAGGUGGUCGGGGAUCAGGGCUGGGCGCUGUGGCAGCCAGUUGUGGCGCAUGGUGCUGUGGCAGUAGUGCGCAGCCAGCGGGGGACUCAGAAUGCGGGGAGGGGCACUGCGCUGGCGGGCAGGGGUGUGCGUGCCCACGAGGCAUCACAGCGCGAGCCGAGGCAGCAGCAGGAGCAGCAGCAGGAGCAGCAGCAGGAGCAGCAGCAGGAGCAGCAGCAGGAGCAGCAGCAGCAGCAGUAG